UUAAUUUGAAGGUGUUUAGUGCUCGAAAAGUGUAAAUAUAACGAUCAUUCUUUUAGUUAAUUGCUUUCCAUAGCGCCAUCAAUUUACAUGAACAUGUCAUAGCCAUUGAAUUGAACCAAUUUGUGCAUGAACGUAAAAGCGAGACACACGCAGACACACGCUCACGCGCACAUGCACACAUCUGAGAUACGCACACAUGCCAGCUGAGUUGCUACGACGCCAUGAGCUUAUGGAAUAUUUGGUCGCUUCUCAUCAUCGGCCACUGUUGGAAUCUCUUCGUGGUCACCAAUUUAGUUGAUGCGAGCAUUCUCAACACUAUUUUGGGCGUGCCCAGCGAGUGCGUGCAUCAAAACAACGUUUGGCCGUGCAAAUUGUCCUUCUCUUGUUGGCUACAAGGCGGUCGUCAUGCAAAGGGUUGUGGCGCUAACAAAUGGUUGUUUUCAUGCUGUAUUGGCAGCGCAGCUAACACGAACACUGGACCGAAUAAUGGCGGUCCAGUGACAGCGGUCCAAGUGCAAUAUGGUCCUUACCAAGGAAACAGCGAUCAAGCGCCAGUUGUGAAUUUAGUUGGCGACACGCUCAACGAAUACAAGCGCCUGCCUGGUAGUGGAAUUGGAGGUGUUGGCGGUGCUGGUCUGGGGAUCGGCGGUAGUGGCGUACUGCCGAAGCGUGUAAUGCUCAAACGACGUAAUGAGAAUGAUGUUUACGCUAAGCCAGAAUGCGGGUUGCCACUGGCUAGUCAACGUAUGCUCCAGAAACGCAUCAUUGGUGGCAGAUCGGCAAAUUUCGCCGAGUAUCCUUGGCAAGCGCACAUACGCAUAGCGGAAUUCCAAUGCGGCGGUGUAUUGGUGUCGCAUAAUAUGGUCGCUACGGCCGCACAUUGCAUACAACAGGCGCGUCUUCAGGACAUAUCAGUCUUUUUGGGCGAACUGGACACCCAAAACUUGGGUCAUAUACACGAGCCGCUGCCGGUCGAGAAGCAUAAGGUCCUGCAGAAGAUUGUGCAUCCGCGUUUUCAGUUUCGCAUGACACAGCCCGAUCGCUUUGAUGUGGCGCUGCUGAAAUUGACCAAACCGACGGGAUUUAGUGAACACAUUCUACCCAUUUGCCUGCCACAAUUUCCCAUCACCUUGAUCGGUCGCAAAGGUUUAAUCGCCGGUUGGGGCAAAACGGAGGCGAGCAUAGGCCAUGCGGGCACCAAUGUGUUGCAAGUGGCAACUGUACCAAUUAUUACUUCCUUCGAUUGCAUUCGCUGGCACGAGAGUAAGCGCAUCAAUGUGGAGCUUUAUGCGGAAAUGUUUUGUGCAGGACACUCGGAUGGCCAUCAGGAUGCAUGCUUGGGUGACUCUGGCGGUCCGUUGAUUGUUAAGGAACGCGGCCGUUUCAUUUUGGUUGGCAUCACCAGCGCCGGUUUCGGCUGCGGCGUCGACCAUCAGCCGGGCAUUUAUCACAACAUACAAACAACUGCCAAAUGGAUACAAGAUAUGAUUGUGCGGCACGCUUGAUGGAUCAUCUGCACUUAAUUAAAUAAAAAAUAUUUUAACAGUGUUUGA